GACUUCACCAACUUUAUUAUAUCAGAGGAAUUUCUGUCAAACUCGGCCCAUUCUGUCACUUAAAUAUAUUAUUCCAAACACUCACACAAACAGGUAAAGAAAUCUGAGAUCUAUUAAUAAUUGAGCGAAUGUCUUUGUUUGACAUGUACUGAGAAGAUUUGUGCAGUCAAAUAUAAAAUAAUCUAAAAAACUUUAUAGCCAGACUUGACUGAAGGUAUUAUACACUCAGGGAUUGCACAGAAACAGUGUUAUAUUCCUCUGAAGAGACUGAAGAAGAAGAAGAAUUAAUCUGAACACAAAUGAUUCCCUCUGCUGUCGAGAGAAUGAUUGACAAACAGGCAGCCAAUCAGCUUUCGCUGAGCACCUACGGGCAGCCAAUCGGCUUUCUCUGAUCAGCGUGCAGGCAAAUCUCCCGCCCCCGGCGCUCAGUCUGAGGCGGAGAGCGGAGAGUGCAGAGCUUUGCUGUUUGCUGUUGAAUUCCUUUAACUCCACUUCUGUUACGGGUGUUGUGCGUCUAUUCAAAGCUCCAGUGAAGAGUUGAUUGAAGGACAGCGAGAACAUGAGUGACCCAGAACCCUGCAGAAUUAAACAUGAAGACGCUGAACAACAAAUAGACCUAAUUGAAGAGUAUGAGGAGAUCAAAGAGGAGGAACAUCAUGUCAAAAUUGAGGAAACUCAUUUACAGACUGAUGGUAUUUUGAAAAGGAGAGACCAGAAUCAUUUUACCUGCACCCAGUGUGGAAAGAGUUUAAGAAGAAAAAACAGUCUUAAGAUUCACAUGAGGAUCCACACUGGAGAGAAACCAUUCACAUGCACUCAGUGUGGGGUGAGUUUUAUCCAAUCAUCACACCUUAAUGAACACAUGAUGGUCCACACCGGAGAGAAACCAUUCACAUGCACUCAGUGUGGGAAGAGUUUGGGAAGAAAAAACAGUCUUAAUAAACACAUGAGGAUCCACGCUGGAGAGAGACCAUUUACAUGCACUCGGUGCGGGAAGAGUUUCAGCCAAUCAUCACACCUUUAUAAACACCUGAAGAUCCACACUGGAGAGAAACCAUUCACUUGCACUCAGUGUGGGAAGAGUUUCAGCCAAUCAACACACCUUAAUCAACACAUGAGAAUCCACACUGGAGAGAAACCGUAUGAGUGUUCACACUGUGAAAAGAAAUUUAGAGAUUUAAGAACCCUGAAAAGACAUGAGAGUAUUCACCCUGGAAAAAAGCCAUAGGCAUGAUCAGUGUCUAUUAGGGAUGCUCAUAUUGACUGUUUAACCGUAACCGAAAGGAUGCAUUUUUAACUGAUUAUGGUAUUAUUACUGUGAAAUAUUUAUAUUUUUGAUGUUUUGCUGCAUAAAUACACAACACAUAUUUGUUAAUUGUGGAUUGUUAGAAGGAGCAACCACACUUGCCUACAGACAUAUUUGGUAAAAGAAAAAUCAAAAAUGAAAAGAAAGAUAAUGCACGCCACAGCUUUGAGUUGACGGCCAAACCAGCGCUGAUGCUGAUCGCCUCUGUCCUGGAUCUGCAUCAUAAACACCUCCGUUUCUUUGCACAAGUGGAGAAUGAAGCCACAAAGGUAAAACCUUCUGAAAUGUGCUCUGCUUUGGAAAUGGCCACAAG